UCAACCUUCUGCCACAGUUGACAACCUUAUAUAUCCAUUAAUUAUAUAACUAAUUAGUCUAGGUUUAUGGAUCAGUCGUUUAUAUCUGCUGCUGGUUUGUGUAUUACUGUGUCAGCAGCACACGUUCUCUGAACGGGCGUGGCCGUGUCGCUGAAUUAACCCGCCCACUGCACGCUGAUUGGUCGCCGCGCCUGUCAAUCAUCCGCUGAGGUUGCGCCCUGUUAUCCAGGCAGAUUAUGAAGCAGCAGUGUUCAGCAUCAUCUCUGGCAGACUCAUCUGGAUGUAUACAUGGCAUCAGCGUGGCUUGCGUUAUUUUCCUUUGUUUUCCUGCAGAUAUCCUCGUCUUAUGAGCAGCUGUCUUCCUUUGUGGAAGGAAGCUCAGAUGAUGCACCAUCCCAAGACAUCAGCAUUCAAGAAAGUGGGGUGGACGGCGAUGGCUCGGUGUUUGUGGCUGAAGCGCGUCUCAGACGAGCGCUGCAGCCGUACGGAUGGCAGCUUCACGCUCCUCCACGCAGGAAGUUGCUGCAGUCUCCAGGAAUGUUGCCGUACUCUCCUCUGAGUGUGACGUACAACGGCAAGACCUGCAUCCUCUUCAGGGCCCGCAAACUGGCCAUCAGGUACAGGAAUCACAGUUUAGUGGACCUCACAGAGCGAAUCUUCAGCACAGACACACCGGUGGACACCAAAGGCUCCUUCUGCAGUAAAGAUAAAGCCAUACUCAAUCUACGGUUUGGCGAUGUGGAAGAUCUUAGAGGCCUCUCCAUAAGGCUACAGAUGUCAAACACAUUCUACGAGUCGGCGGGACAGAACUGGUUCACUCUCGAUAACGUGCACAUCCAUUACAACUGGACGUACGAGGCCACGUUCAACGCUACAGAUGUGUACGCGCCCUCCACCAACUCGUAUCACUGCCAGCACGUCAGCAGCCUGCAGAAGUACGACACGCUGCUGGUGCCCAGCGCCAACACCGACCACGCUGCAAACUGGCACAUCACCUUCACAGACUUCCAGAUCCAGGCGUUCAACGUUCAGUCCAGUAAGUUUGCGUCGGCCAGCGACUGCGCGACCUUCUUCACCCCAGCGAUCCUGAUGGGUCUGAUCACAUCUCUGAUCCUGCUGCUGGUGUUAGCGUACGCGCUGCACAUGGUGGUUCAUCUGAAGCACAUCGACCGCUACGAAGAGCACAAGACCACCGUCUACUUCCCUCGCAGCACAGAAGCGGAGUGCACAGAGAAGAACAACCUCUAGGGUCCCGUCGCAGGCCGAGAGACGGACACUUCCGUGACUGUGAGCUCUGGAGCUAAAAUCAGCGGCGGCCAGACGGGAGAAACUCCCAUCUGCACGGGGAACCAGGGCUCUUUGGGACUGACUGCGCCACGGCAGUGACAUCAUUGUGGUGGGACAGUGGAAGUCCGAAUCGGUUCCUUCGGGAGCUUUACAGGCUCAGUGCAUGGGAGGAUUUGGAGAUAUCAGCCAGUUCUCACCAAAAACCUAGGAAUUAAACAUUCAGCGUCAGGUUUCAUGAGUGGUCAUUUCUGAUGGAGAUCUUCAGAUGUUUGAAUGCAAUUCGAAAUAGCACAAUAAUCAAUAUAUCUUACAUUUGCAUCGCCUGUCUUUUAACUUAAUAAUACUGAUGCUUCUUUAAAGUCAACAUGAAAUGUGUUUGCAACCAAUUUACCUUUGUAAUAAUAUGAGAUAUUUGCACAUGAAUCAGGAUAUGCAUGUAGAAAAACUAGAUUUUUCCAUCUGCCAUUGAUGGUGCACAACAAUACAAUGAAAUCAAGGAUAACAGUAAAUAGCGUCAUUUUUGAUUUCAUGUUGACUUUGAAGUUUUAAACUAUGAUAGUGUAAUAUAGAUUUAAUUAAAUAAAUGAAAAAAGAAAUGCAUUUUCCCCUUGAUUAGAAAAGUACUACUGGUGCUGAUCGGCAAAACCUAAAUCUCGGUUCUUGGUUCACACCAAGAACGAUAACUAUAAAGAUAACUAUAUUUGCGUCCACACCAACGAACGAUAACGGUCUGUUUAUUGUAAGUUCACGCGCUGCAGUUUCAAAGUGUGUACAACAUAUUUUUGCUGUUUUUGUUGCAUUUACACGGCUUUAACCAGCAGAUGUCCUCAGCGUGCUGUAAUCGAUCUGAUCUAACAGUGAAUUUAGCUGACAAAGUCAAUAUAGUAGAAUAAAAACAAGUCUGAAUAUCAAUAAUCAUCAAAAAAAAUUAAAUUAAAAUUUUGAUUCACGGUCACUAAGGGGCGCCAAAACGAACGAUGAGGGCGGAGCCACUUUUACUAAAUGGCUAUAACUCAAGAACGAAAUAUUUGCACCAAACUCGGUAGACAUUCGUAGGGGCUAAAUCUUUGGUCACAAUUUAAAAAAUGCAUUGAUUGGACACUAGGUGGCACUAUAACUUAAAAAAACCAUGAAAACAGCUGUAACUAUGCACCUGUUAGUCCGAUCGACUUGAAAUUUGGCAUGCAGUGUCUUGGUCCAAGGGGGCAUAAUAGCCUAUAAGGACGUUGCCGUAUCUUAAAAAAAACAUGGCCGCCAUCAGCCAAUGAAGUUUGACAAGCACCUAUUUGACAAGGUUAACGGAGGCUGAUCGGAACAAAACUCGGUGUGCAUGUUCGACUCAUGGUCCUAGAGGUCUGUAAGAAUUUUGAAAGAAAUUGGCCACUAGUUGGCGCUAACGAGUUUUACACCUUUGUAAUCACGUGAGGUUUCACAGAUUCACACAAUGUGCAUAUCAUUUGAUAGAUCUCCUCAUGCUGAACAACUUUUCCUCAAGAACCAAUGCUGUCAAUCAAAUCAUUCAUUAAUUAUUCACAAAUAUCUGAAAAACCUACUUUUGCGAACUAGUCCUAGGUUUUUCACCCGAUCGGAACAAAACCAGGGCAAGACAAUUCUAUGAACUCUCUAGAUCAAUAAUUAUCAACAAAAAGUUGAACUUUACCCAUUGGGUCGCUAUAACAGGGUCAUUUAGAAAAAGGGGCGUGGCAAAAUAUACUUAAAAAGUUUAUAAAUCCUAAACAAAAACUCAGAACUUCACCAAAAUAAGUGAGCACAUGCAGCAUAUGACUCUAAAGAAGCAUGCCAACUUUUAUGGAGAUCGGAUCAUAGGUGGCGCUAUAACUGUUUAAAAGCUUUAAGAAAACAAAUAUUUUUAAUGGUUUUGGCUGAAAAUGUAAAUAACUUUGGGUGUGGUCAACUUAUUUUCACGGGAGUGAUGUCCUUAGACUUGCCGAGUCCAACAAUACCAGACAUGCCAGGUUUCGGCUUACGGUUUGUGCGAUGUUGUGAUUUAGCGCUUAAAAACUUUUGCGAAUAUCUUCGAAACUCUUAGUCCGAUCGAGAUGAAACCAGCGUAGGAAACAUGGAACCUAAAUUAGUUAACUAAAUGCUACUGCCCAAAUGUCAAAAUUUUGAUAGGAAGUGGCAAAAAAAUCCAAUCAAAGACGUUCUUGGGUCAUUUUUAUGCUCUCAUAUAGGCUAUAUAUAAGUAUAUAUAACUUCAAAACGAAAAGAGAUAUUUUCACUAAAAUUAACACACAUAUGUAUGGGCAAACUCUGAGGACACCCAAAAAAAGUGGUGGAGAACAGGCAGUAGGUGGCGCUAUAACUGUAAAAAACCUUUAAAAAAACAUAAACGCUUAAAUUCGCAUAGAUUAUGAUUGGCUGUCAGUGUUUUAUCGUUCAACAGCAGGAAAAAAAUCGUACUGAAAGUGAUCCUUAUGAUAUCGUUAUGGCUGUGGUGUGGACAGUGGAUCGUUAUAGUUAUCGUUCUUGGUGUGAACUGGCCUUAACAAUCAAUAAUAAAACAUACUGCGUAAUGGUUUCAAUACAGUGUUUAACCAGCAAAUAUUUUAACACAGUUUCCUUGAGGAGUUGCAAAAAAAUUAAGACAUAAAUUUUAUUAAUUACUGACGUUAUUUUAAAAAUAUGUAUUUUUUAAAAUGAUUGUCAUGGUAUUUUUGUGUAGACUGUAUGUUAACUCUGGUUUUUGUAAUUUCGUAUUUAAUUUUUUCAGUCUUUUCGUGUAUGAUUUCAUGCUGAGCCUUUGGCUGUGGUGAAGAGCGGCUUCUUAUUACUUGGAUUUUAAGCAAAACAACAAUGGAAGCAACAUGGCGUCUGUUGUGUAGUGAACAUGCUGCAUGCCAGUGGCUAGAGACAUUUCACAAGCAGAAUAAUCCGAUGGUUUGCGUUGUACCAUGUACUGUAUAUUGGUAAUAAUCAUAAUGUGCUAAAUAAGGGAAAAUAUGUUUGUUUUCUUUCAUGUACACAUGUAUUUGGGAACAUAUUAAUAGCUUAACUUUGUUCAGCAGACAUUUAUGCAGAUAAAAUGGAGAGAUGUGAAAUGGGCUAUGAUGUAUUAAUAUUUGAUGAUUAUAUUGUCCUCUCAGUUGAGUUCAAUAAAACCAGCAGCACAA